UUCUGCUGUCAAUAAUGUAUAGAGGACUGUACCAGAAAUCUGUCACCGUGUAUGGUGUUAGGGAGGGUCAUCACAUUUCCCGUGUGUCUACAAACCGGGUCUGGAUCAAUGAUAGUUAUGGCAAUCUUAUACUGACAAACACAAAAGGUGAAGAACUAGAUCGCGUGACAGUUAUAGGUAGUGAUGUAUGGGGAGGACACACUGUGGACUCUAACGGUGAUCUAAUCUAUAUAGAAAGUGAAUUAAACAUCAGUAAACUGUCUACAGAGAACAAAGAAAAGACUACGAUAAUACAGUACAACACAUCACCAUGGAGACCAGAGAGUGUCUACAGCUCCCCCUCCACUGGAGACCUGCUGGUCGGGAUGUCUUACUACACUAAUAAUACAUAUACAGGCAAGGUAGUGCGGUAUAACUCCACAGGAGAAAACAUCCAGACCAUACAGCACGACAACAACACAGGUCAGGGACUGUAUGGUGUACCUAUGUACAUCACAGAGAACCGCAAUGGAGAUGUUAUUGUGUCUGACUGGGACCGUCAUGCUGUAGUGGUGACAGAUCAUUACGGUAAAUACCAAUUCUCCUACAGAGGUCCUCCAUCAGGAUCAGAACUACGGCCACAUGGAAUCUGUACUGACGCGCUGUCACACAUCCUGGUGUGUGAUUUGGUCACGCGGUCAGUACAGAUGUUAGAUAGUGAGGGUCACUAUCUGACAGAGAUAAAGACAUCACAGCACGGGAUAGACAGUCCACGGGGCCUGAGUUAUGAUGAUAAAACUCACCUACUGUGGGUAGGGGCACAGGGCAACAACAACACAGUCAACCUAUACAGAGUGGUAGAUACAGACUCUCUGACUGGAGUCCCGCUGGAGAAGAUCAAAUGUAGAAAACAUCCCAGAAUUCCCCUGGACCAGUUCUGUACCCUGUGUGGUGUUCCCUUGUGUGUGGAGUGUACCAGCUCUGAGGAUCACAGCAGACAUCAACUUACAGAUAUAGAGACAUUGUUUGACAACAUUCAUAGGACAGAGGAUGGAGAUACACUAUUGAUGUGCCUUCUUAUUUCCAAUUCCUACAAAAUAAACAUGAAAGAAGGAAACUGGAUGACUAAAUAUAAUGCUGUUGCCAACAUUUUUAAUUCCAAGGAAGUCACAAAGCCUUUUGCUCCUACAGAUUUAGAAAAAUACAAACCAAUUCUAAAACUCAAUGAAUCAGAGAUCAGUUUUUCCACUGAGCUCUUCAAGUACAGUAGUUUUCUGAAAUUCUCAAAGCGUUCUGCAUUGAUCUUUACUGAUAUUUUCUUGACUUGGGCAGACAAAGAAAACAUUGCUGAGUACUGUAGAUCAUGGAAUUAUCAGAGAGGAGAGGAUGAAGUUUGCUGUUGGUUACUGCCAGAAAAAAAUGAAGAGUUUUUAAAAAGACUUGGACAAGAUAUUUUCAUGCACCCAACAAUGGUGGACCAGUCAUUCCAUGAAGCUGUAUUUAGAAAAUUCGGUGUACCUAUUCAGAUAAUAAUGAGGGGAGACAAAUCUGUAAAAAAUUUCAUCGAAAAUCUGAAGAAAGGAAAGACCAUGAUGUACCACGCCUCUGGAAUGAUAAUAGGAUGUGCUGGUAGUGGUAAAACAACAUUACUACAGAGACUGAAGGGCAUCGAUCUGAAAGAAAUAAUGGAAAAUACCAACUCAACCAGAGGAGUUGAUAUCCACACAGAUGUCUUUGAAGUUACAGAUAGCCUCCAUGUUAAUUUUUCAAGUCAACAAAAACACUUCAAACUUAGACUUGAUAAAAAAGAUCUGAAACAGAGCGUUUCUGAACAUAAAUCAGAGAAUGCAGCUGAUUAUGGGAUAACGCAGGAAAAGGUGGAACGAGUUGAUGAAGAGGGCAAUACGAUUGAAGCAUCAAACAGAAGCCAGAUAUCACAUGUAGAUACCAAUGUUAGCAUGACUCAAACUGCCUCAUCUAAUGAACAACGCGGGGCAAAGUCAUCAAAUGUAGCAGAAGUUGUGAGGGAAAGCAAAGAUAUUCCUCAUAGUUCAGAAAUUUCUGGAAAUUUGCAAAUUGGUGCAGAAGACAUUUCAGAAGAUCGAGAUAAAAAAAUAACCAUGACUGACUUUGCAGGACAGUGUUCAUAUUAUGCCUCACACCAGAUUUUUCUGAGUCCCCGGGCAUUCUUCAUUCUGGUGCUGAAUAUGGAGAAGAAGUUUGAUGAUAAGGUUGGAGAAGAAGUGUGUUGUCAGGAAGGCUCCAUUUACGGGGGAUGGACAAACAGAGAUUAUCUUGAAUUCUGGAUGAAGUCAGUUCAUCAGUACAGCAGUGAGAAAGCCCCCGUUAUCCUGGUUGGUACCCACAGUGAGGGGAAAACAGAAAAAGAAAAAACAUUGUUUUUCCGUGAGGUAUGGAAAACUUUAGAAAUGAAGAAAUCUUUGCAGAAACAUCUCAGUGUAAAGCGGCAAUUUGUGAUUGGAUUCAACGACAACGAAGGCAUCGAGAGUAUCAAGCUGUCAAUCCUUGAUGUUGUAGGUAAACUUGAUCACUGGGGUGAAGAGCUUCCUCGCUCAUGGGCUAUGUUUGAAACAUUCUUUCAGGAAAAGAAAAAACUCAAGAUUUUAAAGAUAGAUGCACUCAUUGCUUUCAAUGAAGCAUUGCCAGAGGGGAUAAAGCUCCAAAAAAUAGAUGAUAUCAAUGUUAUGCUGCAGUUCUUCCAUGACAUCAGAGAAAUUUUAUUCUUUGUUCAAGAAUAUCUCCAAGAUGUAAUUAUUCUUGAUGUUCAGUGGUUUGCUGAUGCAUUUAAAAAUAUUAUAACAGAUAAAAACCAUGCAGAGGAAGAUUUACUUGAGUUUACUGCAGAGUGGGACAAAUUCAACGAAACGGGGGAGUUACCUGAUAAUCUGUUGUCUGCUAUAUGGGAAAUGUACAACAAUGGUUACAUUGAACAUAAAAAGGAGAUCAUGCUGUACAUGGAGAAGUUAGGACUCUUAGCUAAAAUGAGUGACAAUAAGUGGUAUGUUCCCUGUAUGAACAAAAUACCAUUUCCUGUGAAAUACUCACCAUACCCUGCCUCCUCCAUCCUAUGCUACAUGUUUGAUGUUCUUCCUGCUGGAAUUUUCCAUCGCCUUGUAGCUACAUGCAUGCAGAUUAACUGGAAGAUCCUUACAGAGAGAAAAAGACCAUGCAUUUACCAGACCGCAGCUAUUUUCACAGUUCAGGGUCACAACGUUCUUCUUGGAAUGACUCCAAAUGAAAUUCAGCUGCAAGUGUUUGUUAUUGAAGGAGAAGUUGAGCUAUCAACAUGCCACGAAGUGAAGAAAAAGAUUGACAGUUUACUAAGUAUUCUAUCCACAACAUUCCAAACAGACUUUAAGUUCAUGUUCGGAUUCAAAUGCAAAGCUGUGGGAUUUUGCGACAACCAAGAAAGCUCUGUAAUUGAUGAAGCAGAAUUUAGUCAACCAUCUUUUCUGUGUCCUUCCUGUCCAAUAGAAAGCAAGCAUAUCAUCAAAGCAAACGAUAUCACAAUGUUUUGGAUAGAGCCGAAAACAAAGACUUCAGUCUCUGCAGUGGCUUCUGGACAAGAUCUCGGAGGCCGAUCUAGAUUUGCCAAACUUGGAAUGGCAUCAAACGAUGUGUUAAAUCAGGCAUAUAGAGAUAUACUAGAGAUGGAUGUCCCCCCUUCCGUUAUUUACAACAAGGUGAAAGCAUCAUCAAUUUAUAAAAGAUUACGCCCCGAGCAAGAACAUCUUUUACAAAAUGCUCAACUAUUAGGGUAUAAGAAUUUUGAUAUCUCAUUAACAUACACAAUGAUAAGAAACAUUUGUAAAAAGAUUCCCAAACCAACAAAAGGAAAAUGGGGAGAAGAACCUGCAGCAGGAGAAGUGACCGUGGGUGAUGAUAUCGAGAGAAUUAGAUCAAUCCGAAACGGUUUGACUGCACACGUUAGCUCAGCUUCAACCCCUCAGACAGAAUUCGAUGACACCUGGUUAAUGAUGUCAGAUAUCUGCAAAAGGCUUGAAACCUUCACUGGAAAAAAGUACUUGGAUAAAUUUAAAUUCAUCCAAAAACUGACACUGAAAGAGGAAGAUGAAGAUGAUAUUAUAGAAAAGGUUAAAAUGGAAAGUCAGCAUGAAAUGAUGAAGACAAUCAUGAAGGAUGUUCAGAAACUUACAGCAGCAGUAUUGAGGUCUGAGGCUAAGCAUGCUUCGGACUACGGUUAUUAUUCAUAGCAUGUUUCGUUCACCUGAGUAUUAAUUUAAAGUAUUUUAAGUUUUUUUUAACUUAGGGAAUACAUUUUUUAUGGCUUUGCAAGCGUUUGAUAUCUGUAAAAGAUAUGAAAUGUACACUGGUAAGAAGUAUUUCGAUAAUGCUUUGACAUUGAAAAACUGACUUUAAAAAAGAGAGAAAUGAAAACAAUAUAAUACGCAAAACGCAAAAACAAAGUAUGAAAAGUCACAAAAGGAGAUGUUACAGUCACUUGAAUUAGAUCUCCCUGAAAGAAUUAGAUAUCCUAUACAAAAAAAUGAAUCAUAUAGUUCAUAAGAUUUCUUAAUGCAUUUCAUUUGAAUUUAUCAUUCCAGCAUAUCUACCAAAUUUGGAUACGAUAUGCCUUGCACUAAAAAUAAGUUAUGACAGUAGUCCAUGAUUUUAUUUCCACAACCCAAGUAUCUGGUGAAUUACUUUAAAAAUGACAUGUUUAACUAACAUUUUUUUUAAAGUUCAAAACAUUAUUUCAACAUUAUUUGUUUAUAAGAAUUAGAUAAUUUGGCCCGAGAUUCCUCAAGAACUGAAAAUCUAGUUUUUAGAGCCAUUUAUUACAAUUCAUGAAAUUCGAAAAGUUAAUAUAUUCAUCAACAUAAAAUACCAACCAAGGUUUAAAGAAAUACCAAACGUUUAGGGAGACAACUGCGAACAAAAACUGUGUAAAAUCUAUUAGCAUUUUCUAGGUAAAAGUGGAUUUUAAAAAAUCAUCAAAGAAUCUUGAUCUCUACAGAUUGUAUAAUGCAGUAAAGAGGUGCUGAUUGUGCAAUUGCCUAGCUUCAGUAAGGAUAUGUUAAUAGGCAGGUUUUCUGUGAAAAAAGAACAAGUGUUAUCUGCAUAAUAAUUUGUGUAUUGAUCAACAGUCUCACCUGAAGUAAUCAUUAGGUCACCUGAGUAAACUCAUGUGACCUAUUGCUAUCCGUUUUCGUCCGUCGUCGUUCGUAAAUAUUUGAACAUUCAGGUUCUUCUCUGCAACCACUGAACUAAUUUCAACCAAAUUUGGCACAAAUCAUCUAUGGGUAAAGGGGAACAAAAAUUAUGAAUUUCAUGAUCCCUGCCCCCCUGGGGCCUAAGGGGUGGGGCCAAAACCACUUAAAUUUAUGCAAUCUUUAAAAAUCUUCUUAUUCACUCCUGAAGAUCAAGCAGUUAAACUGUUGGCAUGAUUGUAAUCAGCAUUGAGUCCUCUACCAAAAUUGUGAAACUCAUGGCCCUGGGGUCAGGGGUUCUACUGCUAGGGCAGGGCUAAUUAAGUAUAUGGUGAAAAUGCAUUAUUUCUUUGAAAAUCUUCUUCUCUGCUCCUGGGUAUUAAAUAAACUAACUAGGUGCAUAGUUAUCAUGAGUUAGAGUGUUUCUACCAGAAUUGUGAAUUUUAAGGCCCCAGGGUCAGGGGUUCUGGUGUUAGGAUGGGGCUCUAUUGAUUGUAUAGUGAAAAUACAUGAUUUCUUUGAAAAUCUUCUUCUCUGUUCCUGGGAUUUAAUUUAACUAUUUAAGUGCAAAGUUAUGAUGAGCAAGAGUGGCUCUACCAGAAUUGUGAAUUUUAUGGCCCCAGGGUCAGGGGUUCUGGUGUUAGUGUGGGGCUCUAUUGAUUAUAUAAUAAAAAUACAUGAAUUCUUUGAAAAUUUUUUUCUCUGCUCCAGGGUAUUAAGCAGAUGAACAAGCUAUUUUGUUAUGAUGAGCAAGGACCCUAAUCUUCUCGAGUUGUGAAUUUCAAUGCCCCAGGGUCAGGGGUACCAUGGAAGGGGGAGGGGGGCUGUACUUAUAUACAAUGUACUGAAAAUGAAUUAAUUGUUUGAAAUCUGCUCCUUGGUUUUAAUCAGGCCAGUAAUAGAAUUAGCUUUGUUUGAUGUGACUUUUGACUCAAGUAAAUCCAUGCAGUCCAAAGAAUAUUUAUCAACUGAUACGGAUUGUAGUUUCUUUUCAUUAUAUUCAUCCGGAUCUAGGUGUCUGUACGUUUUAAUAAUAAUACACAAAAUUGGAAAGAGUCAUUUAAACGCUUGAUAUAUAGAACAGUUUUCAUUUAAAAGCGUCUUUGUGAUGUUGAAUGUGCGCAUCACUAAUCCAAGCAUGGCUGUCGAAAUGUUGAAAGCGGUAAUGUAAACUCGU